CAUGCGAAAGAAACUAUUUCGUUUGAUGAUAUGAUGAGCCACCUACCUCUAAAUACCAAAUGGUGCUUCACUGUAGAGUGCUACUUAACACAUUGGGGUAAAGUACAAAUAUUUAAGUUGCACUUCGACCCAAUAGAGACCUGAUCAGUGUUAUCCAGAUAAAAAGAUGUGCACAUUAGAGAAACGCGGUAACAUUUACAUCCUUACUCUCACCGGCGAUGACGACCACCGGUUGAGCCCUACGCUACUUGACUCAAUCAGCGCCGCAGUCCACCGUGUCCGAUCGGAAACCACCACUCCAUCCGCCCUUAUCACCACCGCACAUGGCAAAUACUUCUCCAAUGGCUACGACCUCGCCUGGUCUCAGUCCGAUCCGGAUCGGCAUAUCCUUAUGUCCACUAAGCUUAGGUUACUUGUUCGAGACCUAAUCUCUCUCCCGAUGCCUACGAUUGCCGCCGUCUCAGGCCACGCGGCGGCCGGCGGAUUUAUUCUCGCGCAAGCUCACGAUUACGUUCUUAUGAGGAAGGAUAGAGGAUUUCUGUACAUGAGCGAGAUGGAUAUCAAGCUCGUCGUGCCUGAUUGGUUCGUGAAGCUGUUGAAGAACAAGAUCGGAUCUCCGGCAGCAAUACGUGAUGUUUUGCUGAGAGCUGAUAAGGUCACGGCGGAAGUGGCAGUGGCGAAGGGGAUCAUUCACUCGGCGCACGAUAGCGCGGAGGAGACAGUGAAGGCGGCGGUAAGACUUGCGGAGGAGCUGGUGAUGAGAAAGUGGGAUGGACACGUGUACGGUUGUAACAGGAAAGUUGUGUUUGCAGACGUGUUGGCCGCCAUGAACUUUGACGAGACCGUCGAGGACGUUGCCGGCGCAAAUAUUAUAUCAUCCCGUAUUUAGUUAUUAUUUGGUGUCAAAAUGACCCGACGUGUUAAAUAUGGUUAUUUACCAUUUUACCUCAUUGUAAUCGAUAAAGUAUAUUGUUUUCUUAAAUUUUUAAUAGUGUUUAUUUUGUUCUUCUAA